AUGGACUCCCUUUAUAGCCUGCUAUUUCUCGCUUUGGCUGGAGGCGCUGCUUGGUACGCGUGGCAGCGGUCCCAGAGGCGCAAACAUCAUGUUUUGGAGAACCUAUCGGGGCCGCCCUCGCGCUCUUUCCUCAAGGGCUCCCUUGGGGAAAUGUACAAUCGUCACGCAAUGCCAUUCCAAAAGGAUGUAGCCCUCAACUAUGGAUCUGUUGUCAAGCUGAGAGGCUUAUUCAAUCGUCCGAUUGUCUUCAUUUCUGACCCCGCAGCACUGCAUACAAUGCUCAUCAAAGAGGAGCACAUCUUCGAAGAAUCUCGGUCGUUCAUCUUAGGGAACAUGCUCAUAUUUGGGCCUGGUUUGUUGGCGACUUUGGGUGACCAACACCGCAAGCAGCGUAAAAUCCUGAACCCUGUUUUCUCCGUCGCCCACAUGAGAGACAUGCUUCCGCUGUUCUACAAUGUCAUACACCGGCUGCGGGAUGCGAUCUCACUCCAAGUUACAAAGGGUCAAUCGGAAAUCGACAUGUUACAGUGGACUGGCCGUGUGGCCCUCGAGCUUAUCGGGCAAAGUGGGCUUGGAUAUUCCUUCGACAGUUUCGUCUCGGAUAUGAAAGACGAUUACGGUGCAGCCUUGAAGGCCCUCUUCCCAAGGCUAAUGGAUAUUGACAUAUUGCAGCGACUUCUACCCUAUGUACCUUUCACAGUACCAGCAGGCAUUGGGCGGCUUGCCAUCAAUUUGAUACCAAACGCGGCGGUCCAGAAAGUCAAGUCUAUUGUGGACACUAUGAGCACAAGAUCGACGCGAAUCUUCGUGUCCAAGAAGAAGGCGCUCGCCGAUGGUGACAAAGCGGUUCUCGAACAAGUCGGCAAGGGAAAAGAUAUCAUGAGUGUCCUAAUGAAGGCGAACAGUCUCGCAUCAGAAGACGAUCGCCUUUCGGAAAAAGAGUUGAUCAGCCAAAUGUCCACACUGGUUUUAGCAGCGACGGAUACCACAUCCAACACCGUGGCACGCAUUUUGCACCUCCUUUCAGAGCAUCCAGAUAUUCAGGAUAAGCUACGCCAGGAGAUACUCGCAGCGGGUGCCCAUGAAAAAUGCUCGUAUGAUGAGUUGAACAAACUUCCACUCUUGAACGCCGUGUGUCGCGAAACACUUCGCCUUUAUCCGGCUGUCACGACUUUGAUGCGCGUACCCAACAAGGACACUGUUCUUCCCUUGCAUGAGCCCAUCAUGGGGAUCGACGGGACAAUCAUCAAGGAGAUACCUAUUUCCAGAGGAACCGAGGUUCUGAUUGGUGCUUGGGCAUGCAACCUGAAGAAAUCACUUUGGGGAGAAGAUUCGACCGAAUGGAAGCCCGAGAGAUGGCUGAACGGCUUGCCGACCGCUGUGCUUGAAGCUCCCAUCCCAGGCGUAUAUUCGCAUCUCAUGACGUUCCUUGGAGGCAAACGAGCUUGCAUCGGUUUCAAGUUCUCGGAGAUGGAAAUGAUCGACGGGAAGGUGAUCACUUGGAAUAUGGCUGGAGUUAUUUACCCGACUAUGAGCAGGGAGAGUGAGACUCCGGAGAUGUUCUUGAAGGUUGGGUUGUACUCGGAGGGUGCAAAGACUAAAUGA